UGCUGACCCUCCUCGCGCCCCCGCAGUCCGUCGGUAACAUGGCCGCCGCCGCCGCCGCGCGCCGCACCCUGGCCACCUCGGCUGGUGUCAACUUCCACGACGCCAAGGUUGCCAUGAGCAACCUCGAGAAGGACCAGUACAUUCGCUACGGUGACAUCGAGGACAACCUCCGCAUCGUGCGCGGCCGCCUCAACCGCCCGCUCACCCUGUCGGAGAAGAUCGUCUACGGUCAUCUUGACGAGCCCCACACCCAGGACAUCGAGCGCGGUGUCUCCUACCUCCGCCUGCGCCCGGACCGCGUCGCCUGCCAGGAUGCCACUGCUCAGAUGGCUCUCCUGCAGUUCAUGUCCGCCGGCCUGCCCAAGGUGGCCGUCCCGUCCACCGUUCAUUGCGACCACCUGAUUGAGGCCCAGAUCGACGGUGUGGCCGAUCUCAACCGCGCGGUCAACCAGAACAAGGAGGUCUACGACUUCCUGUCGACCGUGUGCUCCCGCUAUGGGCUGGGCUUCUGGCGCCCGGGCAGCGGCAUCAUUCACCAGAUCAUCCUGGAGAACUACGCCGUGCCGGGUCUGAUGAUGAUCGGUACCGACUCGCACACCCCGAAUGCCGGUGGCCUGGGCAUGAUCGCCGUCGGUGUUGGUGGUGCCGACGCCGUGGACGUCAUGGCCAACAUCCCGUGGGAGCUCAAGUGCCCGAAGGUCAUCGGUGUCAAGCUGACUGGCAGCCUGCGCGGCUGGGCCUCCCCCAAGGAUGUCAUCCUGAAGCUGGCCGGCAUUCUCACCGUCAAGGGUGGCACCGGUGCCAUCGUCGAGUACUUCGGCCCCGGUGUUGACUCCAUCUCCUGCACGGGCAUGGCCACCAUUUGCAACAUGGGUGCCGAGAUUGGCGCCACCACCUCGGUCUUCCCCUUCAACCACCGGAUGAAGUCCUACCUGGAGGCCACCGGCCGCUCGGAGAUCGCCUCGCUGGCGGACUCCUUCCGCGAGCACCUGCGCGCUGAUGAGGGCGCCUCCUACGACCAGGUGAUCGAGAUCAACCUGGACGAGCUGCAGCCCCACAUCAAUGGUCCCUUCACGCCGGACCUUUCGACGCCGCUGUCGGAGUUUGGCGCUCGUGCUCGUGCCGAGGGCUGGCCCCUGGAGCUGAGUGCCGGCCUGAUUGGGUCCUGCACCAACUCCUCCUACGAGGACAUGACCCGCUCGGCCAGCAUUGCCAAGUUCGCCAAUGACCACGGUGUCGAGGCCAAGUCCAAGUUCCUCAUUACCCCGGGCUCCGAGCAGAUCCGUGCCACCAUCGUGCGCGACGGGCUGGUCGACAUCUUCGAUGGCGUCGGUGGCACCGUGCUGGCCAACGCCUGUGGCCCCUGCAUCGGCCAGUGGGACCGCCAGGAUGUCCCCAAGGGCACCAAGAACUCCAUCAUCACCUCCUACAACCGGAACUUCACCGGCCGCAAUGACUCCAACCCCCUGACCCAUGCGUUUGUGGCCUCGCCGGAGAUCGUCACCGCCCUGUCGAUUGCCGGCUCGCUGGACUUCAACCCGGAGACCGACACCCUGACCGCGCGCGAUGGCACCCAGGUCAAGCUGCCGGAGCCCAAUGGCGCGGAGCUGCCCCCUCGUGGCUAUGACCCCGGGGAGGACACCUACCAGGCCCCGCCGGCCGAUGGGUCCAAUGUCGAGGUCCAGAUCGACCCGAAGAGCCAGCGCCUGGAGCGCCUGGCCCCCUUCGCCGCGUGGGACGGCAAGGACUUCAUCGAGCACCCGGUGCUGAUCAAGGUCCAGGGCAAGUGCACCACCGACCACAUUUCCAUGGCCGGGCCCUGGCUCAAGUACCGCGGGCAUCUGGACAACAUUUCCAACAACAUGCUCAUCGGCGCCAUCAACUCCGAGAAUGGCCAGGCCAACUCCAUCUUCAACCGCCUGACCGGCGCCUUUGAGGGUGUGCCGGAUGUGGCGCGCCAGUACAAGGCCCAGGGCAUCUCUUGGGUGGUUGUCGGCGAUGAGAACUAUGGCGAGGGCUCUUCGCGUGAGCAUGCCGCCCUGGAGGUCCGGUACCUUGGCGGCAGCGCGGUCAUCGUCAAGUCCUUCGCUCGUAUCCACGAGACCAACCUCAAGAAGCAGGGUGUCCUGCCGCUGACCUUCGCCAACCCGGCGGACUAUGACCGGAUCAGCCCGCGCGACCGUGUGUCCAUCCUGGACCUGGCCAACCUGUCCCCGGGUGUGCCGCUGACCUGCCGCGUCACCCGCGAGGAUGGCUCCACCUUUGACAUCACCCUGAACCACACCAUGAACGAGGGCCAGAUCUCCUGGUUCCGCCAUGGCUCGGCCCUCAACGAGAUGGCCAAGAAGGCCUAAGGGGCGGGCGCUCUGUGUGCGUGCGUGCGUGUGUGUGUGUGGGAGGGGGAUGUUUUCUCUCUGUCUCCCUCCCCCCCUCUCCCUCUCUCUCCUGUUCUUCCUGUUCCCUUGUCCCCUGUCUGUCUCUCUUCCUUUGUGUUUUCCUUGAUCGCGCCUGCACGCGACCCCCGCCGGUGGAGGACCAUGCUAUUGUGUACUUGUAUGUAUGUGCAUGUUUUCCGCCUCGGGGGAGAAUGUUGGAGCAGAGGCAAAAAAAGGAAGGCAGAAAGGGCAGAGGGAGACCGAGAGAGAGAGAGAGGGGCGUUUCUUGCGUGUACGCGCGCGUGUUCCCUCAUGCCUCAAACAAAUAUAUGCAAGUGCAAAUA